AUGAAGGCCAUUGUGCUUCACGGACCGGGCAGCAUCACCACCCAAGUCCUCCACGCCAUGGUGCACAACGCCGCCAAGGCACUCAUCAAGGGCACUGCCGGCGGCUACGGCGUGGGCCGAGUUGCCGCCUCCGGGCCGGACACGACGGCCCUGGAGCUCCUCCGCUCAGGGCAUCUAUCCCGGUCUGAGGACCGUCGUGGCCGGCAAGACGGGCAAUCUGGCUGCGGCUACUGCCGCCCACGGCCCCCGUGGACGCUGUUGUGGAUUUCAGCCUCCCCUGGCGCGACGGAUUCGGAGUCCCUGGGCCAGGCGAUUCUUCCCCUCCGGCGGUACGGCCGAGUCUGUAUCACUGGUGGGCGUGGCGAUGCCGCGCUGCCCGUUCCCCAUGGCUUCAUGGUGUUCAAGGACUUGGCGCUUCGUGCAUCUUGGAUGUACGAGAGGGAACAUGUCAGAGCCCUCAUUAAGAUGGCGCAGCCGGGGGCCCUGAAGCUUGGAAAGGCGGCUGGUUUGGAGGUUAUUGCUUUUUAUCCGUUGGAGAGGAUGGAGGAGGCGCCGGACAAGGGAUUGGAGGCCGGUGCUUCAGAGUUGGUGGUUAUUGGGCCGCAGUGA